GCUUAAAGGACGGCGGCGGAGGAGAGGAAUAAACUUGAAUGAAUUAACGGUCUGCCAUGCUGCCCAGGGUUUUUGUCUGUUUCCUCAUUUCUUUGCCAGUCCUCUUGACGCUGGGCAGCACCGCCAAGUCAUCCAAGAAGAGCCCUGCUGCCCCCGCUGCUACCGCUCCACCCCUCCCGCCCCUACCCAAUGACCCCAGCUGGGCUCUGGGUCUGCGUCUGUACCAGGCCCUCCGCUCCGAUUCCAGCUCAGUAAACACUCUCCUCUCCCCUCUGCUUGUGGCCUCCUCCCUUGGAGCUUUGAGCGAAGGUUCAGCUGGCACCACCGCUAGCCAGCUCCAAGAUCUUCUCAAGACCCCAUCGCUCACCAAGCCUGGAGCCCAGGCUGGAAAGGUUCUGUCCGGAGCACUGAAGAGCUUCACUAAUGCUAACGGGACCAGCUUCCGCCUACGUAGCUCCUCAGCUGUGUUUUCAAAGCAAGCUCCAGCGGUCAGGCAGGCCUUUGUGAAAGAUAGUAAGGCCAGGUUCAGUCUUCAGCACAAGCCACUGGGGAAAGGAGACUCCAAGGCUGACCUGAAGCAGCUCCAUAGCUGGGCUAAGGCUGGCCUCGGUGGGCUGGAGAGCGCUCCUUUAGAGGCUGAAAUCCAAGCUAAGGCUGGAGCUCUGAUUGUGGCAAAUGCCCUACACUUUAAAGGCCUGUGGGAGAGAGAGUUCAGCGAGGAGGGCGCAGACCGUCGCACCUUCUUGGGGAAAAAAUACACCAAAGUGGUGUUGAUGCACCGAGCAGGUCUGUUCCGUUUUCAUGAAGACAUAGAAAAUAUGGUGCAGGUGCUGGAGGUCACUCUGUCGGGAGGCAAGGCUAGCAUGGUGCUCCUGAUGCCCUUCCAUGUCGAGAAUCUGUCCAGGCUGGAGAAGCUGCUGACAGUUGAGAGGCUGUCCAAGUGGCUGGACAAGACCAAUGUCACCAGUGUAAGCGUCUCUCUGCCCAAAGCCAAUAUCACCAGCACCCUCAGUCUGCAGAAACAGUUGUCUGCGCUGGGCUUGACUGACGCGUGGGACCAGAAGGUGGCUGAUUUCUCAGGGGUGUCGGACAAGAGCAAAGGGAAGCUCCACCUGGGUGGCGUCUUGCACUGGGCUUCCCUAGAGCUGGCUGCCGAGGCUGGGAAAGGAAGCGCAGAUCUGGAGGAGGAGCACAUAGAAAAGCCCAAGCUGUUUUACGCUGAUCACCCCUUCAUUAUCUUUGUUAGAGACAACACUAGCGGAGCCCUGCUGCUGAUGGGAGCUGUGGACCACGCUGAGGGAGAAGCCUUGCACGACGAACUGUAGCACCACCAGAAAUUACUAACAUCUGUCUUCUCUUUUUUUUUUUUUU